AUGGCAACAUUAAGAUUUAGCACGCAGUGUAAAAUACGGCAGUGUUUUCAGUGCCAUAGAGAAACAGAAUUCUACUGUAAAACUUGUGAACAGAACCUAUGUCGACAGUGUAAAGAAUCACAUUCUCAAAAUUCUGAUACAAAAUAUCAUAAAUUGGUUUUCUACAUUACCUACCGUGGUGAAGAGAGCUUUACUAUACGAUGUAAAGUACGACAGUGUUUUCAAUGCCAAGGGGACACAGAGUUCUACUGUAACACUUGUAAACAUGACCUGUGUCUACAGUGUAAAGAGACACAUGUAACUGACCUAGAGACCAUAUAUCAUAAUGUUGUGAUUUACCGUGAGAAAUAUGAAAACGUUUCAAAACAAGAAAUUUGUAAAACACAUUCAACAGGAAUAUAUGAAAUGUUCUGUCUCGUAUGUAAACUUCCAAUCUGUUUCGAAUGUAAAGGACACAAAAAGCACAAAACAUUAGAUAUUAGAUCAAUAUAUAAAAGAAACCGUCAACAAACCAAAGAAAUCAUUCACAAUAUCAGAAGUGAGACCCUUUAUAACAGCAAUUACCUCCUUGGUGGAAUAAAAAAUGACAUAAAAACGUGUUUUGAGGAAAUUGCCUACCUUCAGUCAGUGACGUCAAAAAAAGCCCAGAAUCUUAAAAAGGACAUUGACACAGUAUUAUAUAAUAUUUUAUAUAAAAUGACUAAUAGAUUACCGGAUCAGCAAAGAAAAACAAAGAGACGCCUUACGAAAAUAGAAAACUAUGAACACAUAUUUGAACAUUCAGCAUAUAGUCCGAUACAGUUUCUCUUUUUCCUAAAACGAAACCGUGUCUCCAAUUUGAUGAACACUCUUGAACUUACAAAACAUGCCCUACUCUCCCAGACUGAAGAAACCAAAAUGGAUGAUGUGAAUGAAUUAGGUGAAAUUCAAAUCAUAGAAACUGGAAAAAGACAAGUAAGCAAUGAAUGUCUUCUGAAACAGAUGUCAAAACCCCUGGCACACAGAUCACUCAAAAUAAUUGGUAUAGGUCAUGUAAGUCAUAUUUCCUUUGUGUCAUACGGUCGUGUCUGGAUCAAUGAUUGCUGGGAGGACACCCUCUUAUUGACAAACACAGCAGGUGAUAGACUGUAUCACAUAACAGAUCAAAAUAUUUUUUCUGGAGUACACACGGUAAACACUUCCAGUGAUCUUAUAUAUAUAGAUAAGUAUGAUAAUAUAAAUAAACUAUCUAAGGACUACAGAAAGAAGUCAAUACUGAUAAAGAAAACAACACCAUGGGAACCACGUUGUAUCUACUGCUCUCCCUCUAACGGAGAUCUGCUGGUCGGGAUGUAUAAAUAUACAGACACAGAUGAAGGCAAAGUAGUACGGUAUAACUCAACGGGAAAACACAUACAAAAAAUAAAAUACAAAAUCUCAGAUCAGAUACCGAACUUGAUCACGAAGGUGCACAACCGAACACAUUUGAAUCUCUAUAGUAAACCGAUCUACAUCACAGAAAAUCGCAAUGGAGAUGUCAUUGUUUCUGACAUACUUCGCAGUGCUUUAGUGGUGACAGAGCAUGGAGGACGUUAUCGCUUCUCCUACAAAGGACCUCCAUCAAAAUCACGACUAGAGCCACUAGGAAUCUGUACAGACGCAUUGUUAAACAUCCUGGUGUGUGAUGCUAACAACCACACAGUACAGAUGAUUGACAAAGAUGGUAAUUUCUUGUCACUGUUACUGACACAAGACCAAGGGAUAUACUAUCCGGGGAGCCUAAGUUAUGAUUACAAAGCUCAUCUUCUCUGGGUCGGAACUAGAGUCAACAACAGAGUGCGUAUAUACAGAUACAUUGAGAGGCAGAGCUAG